CAUUGGGGGGAUUGCACUAGGGUGGGGCACCUGUUUAGAUAACCGGUGCAUAAACAUAGCAAGGUGUGUGCGAAUGCGCGCGCAACUCUGGGGUAGGGCUCCUGGAGGACUGAUGCAUGGGUUAUGAGGAUAUAAAGGGGGCUGGGAUUUUCGGAAGAGUUGUUGCAGUUUAAACUGGGGCAGCCUGGAACUCCACCCAUCAACGCCAUACACUUCUUCCUCUAAGCAGUCUUUCCUCUAAGGCUCCAGCCUUCCGCUGCUGCCAGCUUGCCCCAGUGCCCAGCAGAGAUGACAGAAUACAAACUGGUGGUGGUGGGUGCUGGUGGUGUUGGGAAGAGUGCAUUGACCAUACAAUUGAUCCAGAAUCACUUUGUGGAUGAGUAUGACCCCACUAUAGAGGAUUCAUACCGGAAGCAGGUGGUAAUUGAUGGAGAGACCUGUCUCUUGGAUAUUCUGGACACAGCUGGGCAGGAAGAGUACAGUGCCAUGCGUGACCAGUACAUGAGGACAGGAGAAGGUUUCCUCUGUGUCUUCGCAAUCAACAACACCAAGUCUUUUGAAGAUGUUCACCACUACAGGGAACAGAUCAAUCGUGUGAAGGACUCUGAUGAUGUUCCAAUGGUGCUCGUUGGCAAUAAGUGUGAUCUGCCAUCUCGGACAGUGGAUACUAAACAAGCUCAGGAGCUUGCCAGAAGCUAUGGAAUCCCUUUUGUAGAGACCUCUGCCAAAACCAGACAGGGCGUGGAGGAUGCCUUCUACACCCUGGUGCGAGAAAUCCGAAAACACAAGGAAAAGAUCAGCAACGGCCGCAAGAAGAAAUCUUCCAAACGGAAGUGUAUUAUUCUCUGAAGUAGAGACUGUUGCACUAUUGGGAGUGCAAAAAACCCUUUUGAGUUUGGGUUCCCCCCCCACCCAAGCUGCAAGAUAAAAUUCUGAUGGUCAUGCCCUCCCCCCACCCCUUUUAGCUGGAAGGAGGUGGUGGAGCUCCUAAAAUGUUGAUUAUUCUACUAUUUUUAAAACUGGGACACUGCAUUUGAUAUGAGGAGGACUUGUAACCAUAUUUUAUGUUCCUGUUGCUUCUUGUCCCUUCAUUUUUUAUUUUUUAAAGGUGUUUCUGGACCUUAGGAUUAUAGAGAUCACUCUUAAAAAGUGACCUGGUAUAACCUGAUCCUGCACAUUAGGUGGAAGUAAUAGCACAAAGGCAGUGUCUCCAUCAGAACCUUAGGGGCCUUUCUCAUGUUUGUAGCAUUUUCCCUACCUUGGUUCUCUGUGAGACUGAAGAGUAAGCCAAAUAGACUUGGUGCCACCUUUUAGGCUAGCAAGGGAAUGAUGAUCUGGUGUAGGUGGCAAUCAGAAACGCCGAGAGAAAAUGUGGAAAGCCAAACCCUCUGUAGCGGACUAUUUCAACCCGCUGUAUUAAAAUAGAUGGUGCUCAGUUCUUUUUUUUUCCCUUCAGGGUGGCUGAGUUCUAAGCUUAGUUUGUUUCUCUUUCUGGGUUUUGUUUGGGCUGUUCUUACAUAACAUCUGAGCAAAAGCUCAUUGCCUUUGAAUGAUGGGGGAAAUGUGAUUUUGCUUAUUAAGUCUUCUCAAAAUUGUGUGGUGGGGAGAGGUCAACAAGGUGAGAAAAGGGGGUGUUUGGUUGCUGGUAUGAACAGCUGCCUUCAUCCAGAAGCAGUGGCAGCUAGCUUUGCAAAAGGAUCUCUGCUGCUUUGGAAAUGACUGAAGAUGGGCUCCCAAGAGAAACAUCCUCAUACUUGGCCACUCUCACCUCCUUUACUAAAUGAGUCUCUGAGUACCAUGAUGUUGGCACUCUUUAGAAACAGGAGAGAAAUUUGAUCCAAAGGUCUCUUAGUCUCCCUCUCCCUUUAUCCCUGAAUAUAUUUUUGCUUAGUAAUUGGAUGGGGAUAGCUGUUAAAAGCACUUCCUGUCUUCAAGACCAGCAGGGAAAGGUUUGAAGAUGGCCGUUAGUGAUAAGUCAACUGUUUAUGUCCUGUUGUGUGUUCAACCCUUCCCAAAGCCCUAAGAAUUCUGUGUUAAUUGAUUUGGUUGUUUUUCCACAGAUCUGAGGAACUGUACAAUACAGGCCACCAACCUGGAAUAAAUCUGUGAAUAAGCUAACUGA